AUGGAAACGGAGCCUUCGCAGCUGAUUAAAGGGAUGGACAUGGACAUUGGCAUGGGGCUCGGGGACGACCUUGGCGGGUUCGAAGGUUUUGACGCCAUGUUUGCCGAGCCCAAUAGCACGAGCGAUUUUUUCAAGUUCUGCGAAAUCGAGGACACACAACAGCAGCACCACCAGCAGGACAUGGCCAUCACCAACUCGGCGUUCCAGGGGCCGCCAUCACCGGCCAGCACGUUCGGCCACCAGCCGAAGGUGUCCGACUUCGGGCAGGAGAGCUGGAUUCCUGGCGGGCAACAACAACUCCCGAUUCAGGCGUGGCCUCUAACAACGUCAAGUGAACCCACACAACGCGUGAACCCAAACCUGCUCCUGCCGAGCGGGGGCAAGCCCAGGGCUCGAAAGCGGCACGAUGAGGAUGAGGCGCUCGUGUCUAAGGAGUCGGUCUUCCCUGUGAUAAAGCGCCGGUCAUCGACGGCAUCCAUUUCGAUGAACCGAAGUCCACCGCCAACAUCGUCACAGCAAGAAGGGUUGGAGAAAAGCCACAGCUUUUGCGUCACCACAGCCAGCGCGGGCUGGGCGCCCGCCGUAUCGCAGCAACAGGCUGGCGUGGCGAGACACGGGGGGUCUAGUCAGCCGCCGCAGCAGGGGGGAAUGGCGUCGCCGCCAGGUGGAGCGAUAAAGGUCACCACGAAUGUGACGUCUGGCACCGUGCGCCCUCCCCGUAUUUCGGUGUUCAUGUCCAACUCGGGUCGGCGCGGCGCAAGCAGCAGCGGUGUCGUCGUCGGCGGUUCCUCUCAGCAGCAGCAGCGGCGUGCUCGAGCCCACGAUGGACCGCACGGCCAGCGCGCAGGCCCAACGAUUGAAGGACCUGCGCAUCACCAUGCGCGACCGGAGCGUGGCCGAGAAAUAUAUCGUGGAGCACAACCCGGCCGUCGUUGCGAUGGGCUCGCCCCACCACCUCAGCUCCACGUCGGCGUUGCUCUUGGGACAGGACGACCAGGACGACCACUUCGCGGCAACGGCGACGGUGUCGGCGGCAGGUCCUACGGCACCGUCCCUGCGACGCGCGAGCUCGGUCGGAGCGCUCACGAUCGCCGGCAGCGAGGUGAUGUCGACGUCCCCGGUCUUGUCGUCCUCGGGAAGGAUUAUUCAGUCCUGCGAGCUCUCCGACAGGGUCGGAGACGGCGGGCAGCGGCGCAACCUGGUGUGCAGAGUAUUCGGCUCUGGCGGGAGCCCCUUCAUGAGACCGGCGAGCGGCGGCCGCUAACUAGGCUUCAUUGCGCAAAUCCAACCACAACGCACGGCCGGUGGCUGGCUACUAGGCCAGGGUGUCACGGCUUCCUUGCCGGGGAAGGCACUCGAGCGCUACCGCACGGGUGGGAGAGGAACGCGAUAUCGCCGGACUAUUGUUUGAUUGCCCCGAGGGCCGGAAUCGCCGUGCCUUCUUGCGGCGGCGGGAAAAGCACGCAGCACCUCCCGUGUUGUCUCGCGGAGCCCCCCCACCCCCCUACCCCCCACCGCUGGAGUGUUUCGUUUUUGAUCACACUUUGAAUUGCAUUGAUGUAGAUGGCCUCCUCCCACCGCCCCUGAAUCCCCCGUCCGCGGCCAUUCUAAGGGCGAGUUGGCGAUGGACAGGCGAUUUUUUUGUACAAGGCUUUUUUUUGUUUUAUUUCUUCUUGAUUGUUUGCGUGCUGUCUAUAUUAAACACGAUUUUUUUUAUCUUUCGUGUGUUGUCAAGUUUCUCGCAUUUCUGCGUGGUGGAUGCAAGACACAGCAGUUUAGCAGAGGGUUCUUGGUUUACAAGCUUGGGGUGUUCAAGGGGCGUAUGCUUUAUGCUUUAUUCCCGCAUUUCGCGCGGCGUGCGAACUGGCUGGCUGGCAGGCUAGCUGGCGUCCGCGCAGACAUCCAAAUGGUGUCUACUAUACAGUAGUAGGGUUAUGGUGGUGGUAUCCCGGUUUGGCAAGGCGCACGGGGAAAGUCGUUAUUUCACGUGCUUGGGUCUUGAUUUAGCAAGCUCGCGUCCAUGGGUUGUAUAUAAAAGUAAUAAUAUUGUUUUGAUAAGUACCUGUUUUUUGAGACUGGUGUUGUCGGCCGCACAUCUACCAAUCUUGGUGAUGUGGGGGUGCCGUAUGGGGGCUUCUGGGGGGCAGGCAAAUGAUUCCUCGUUUCCGCUUUUUCCCCAGCAGGUACUUGAUUCCCUUACGGCCCUGCGGUGGUGUAUCCGAGGAAGUAAUUCGGCUGCGGGUGAUAAUUGCAGCUUCGUGUGCGCGUCCCGAUUCUAGGAUGGGUAAAAAAAGAGUGCCGCAAACGUCGUAGUGGUGUUUCGUGCGAGCUUGCUGUUCGUAGCGCGCUGUCGAGACAGCAGCGUAAGGGGUGUUGCGAAAAAAAUUCGCGUGCACUCCCGCGCCGAAGGAAAAUACUUGAUUUUUCCCACGAGGCUCACCAGUCGCAAGCGUGGCGGAAAGAUAUCACGAGAGCAGAGCCGAGGGAACGCCUGCUUUCAAAAGGAUAAAACCCGAAGGAUAUCAUGCGGUGGAAAUAUGGGCGCUUUCCUCCUAGACGUUGUUGGACAUUCGAUGGUUGAUCAAGGGAAGCGCAGGGGGGGCGCUUAGAACUUGAGAGAGUUGGUAAUGUUACGAAAGCCGGCAGGCACGGGUUGUUCGAUCGACGCGAAGGGCGUACAAUUGUAUGUCGCACUUUGCCCUUGCGAAUGGUCGACGCUCUUUGCCUCCUCGUUGUAGGCGGAUCUUACGACGGUUGCAUGAAUGCUAUUGUUAAUGUAUCUCGCGGUGGUGGAGCCGCAAGUGUGUCGAAUAAAAAGUGUCAAAAUGUGUUGCCGGCUAAUGGAUGUCCUAUCCUGGCCCUUAUUGGGUUUCGGGAGUUUGUGUUUGGUUGAUUCUUGCCCGGGAAAGGAAGUGAGGGACGGGGGCUGGGCGCAAAAUAUGGAGGCUUGUACGGCGAACCCAGGGGAGCACUUAUGGGAGUCCUUGCGCUUUUCGGAAGUUGAAAACACAGGGACUACAUUUUGUUUUGAAGGGAAUGUUGCGGAAGAAGAGAACGGAGGGGUAGGCAGUGUAUGUCGCGACGGCGGUCGUUGGGGGCGAGUCGGGUUGGAAUGGUUGCGUUGGAAAUGUGUUUUUGGGACUCCUUGAUGUUGGGUUGUCAUUCGUAGUGUGGGUUGGUGCCCGUUCAUCAAACGAUUUGCCACUCGCUAUAGGGUCAGUUGAUACUACUGCGUUGACCGGUAGCCCAAAGGCGUAGAUGCUUAUCAGUGUAAUGACCAGGUUCUCUGUUGUCGUUGUAAUUUGGUGCGCGCGUGGCGCCAGGAGUUACCCGAUUUUUGCCAUUUGAUCCACCUUUUUUUCUGCUGGGUUGAGCCGAACGUAGAGCAUUCCACACGUACGUCUGGGACACAGUAUAGCGUUUAAAACAUGGACGAUGGCUUGCCGCGGGUAGCCUUACUGGAUGGAAAUAGUAACAAAGUUGACGUGCUGAUCAAAGGAAUCGCACGAAAGAGUCGCGUUUGUCUUCAAGUCUCGGGAAGAGGUAUUCACUGUUUUCGGGCAGUUGCCACAUGUGACGGAGUAGACACGCAUAUUUUUGCGUCGGGAAACCGUUUGAUCUGCUCUACCCCGCGCAGCCAACGCCAAUAUGAUGUGUAUUUCUUGCCGGGCGUCAAGUCGAGCCGCGCUGGUGUUCCUCCUGGUGAACUGAUGCCGGUCUUGUCACCACGACGACGACAGUGUAUUGCCGUUAAGCUCCGCGACGAGACGUGACAUGUGGAUGUGCUUACGAUCGCACGGUGUUGUGACACGUA